AUGUGGUUUGUUCGUCUAGUUAUUUGUAGUUUAGGAUUGACAUUGAUUUUGGCUGAUGAUGAAGUUACCCUGGAUAUUGCUCAGGGUACAUUGAAAGGACUAAAAACAACAACUGUAUAUCAUGGCAUGACAAUGUACAGUUUCAAGGGAAUUCCUUAUGCCAAGCCAAAUGUUGGUCCUAAUAAAUUCCAGGCACCACAAGCUGCUGAUGGAUGGAGUGGUGUAUUGGAUGCAACAAAGCAUGGCUCAAGUUGUGUAUAUUUUUGCUUUGGUCAACAAAAAAUUGUUGGUGAUGAUGAUUGUUUAUUUUUAAAUGUAUACACACCUGGACCAGACACUGGAGCAGAAAGAGCUGUUAUGGUUUUCAUUCAUGGUGGUGGUUUUAAUUUUGGAUCUGGUGAUGAUAGUAUGUUUGGUCCAGAUUAUUUAUUAGAACAUGACGUUGUUGUUGUUACAUUGAAUUAUCGAUUAGGAGCAUCUGGAUUUUUAAGUACCAAUGAUGCCAAUGCACCUGGUAAUGCUGGCUUGAAAGAUCAAGUGAUGGCAUUGAAAUGGAUUAAAAAUAAUAUUGUUAAUUUUGGUGGUAGUCCAAAUAGAGUUACAAUUGUCGGACAAAAUGCUGGUGGUGUAUCUGUUAUGUAUCACAUGAUGUCACCAAUGUCUACUGGUCUUUUCAAUCAGGCAAUUUUACAGAGUGGUUCUGCAUUAUGCUCAUGGGCAUUGUCAUAUGAUGCAAAAGAAACAGCAAUGAGACUUGCUGAGAAUUUGGGAAUUCAUGAGACUGAUAGUGCUGAAUUAGUUCAUAAAUUGGCUGCACUUCCAACUCAUGAUGUGGUGAAAGCGAGUCUCGAAUCUGAAAAUCCAGUGGAUCUACUUCGAGGUGAUUCACACUUGUUUAAACCAGUUGUUGAAGCUGAUUUUGGCCAGGAAAUUUUUCUACCAGCCGAUCCUUGGCACAUGAUUAAGUCAAAAAAAAUUUUAGAUGUUCCUUUGAUCAUUGGAAUAACAUCCGAAGAAGCUCUCCUUUUCUUAGGAGCAAUUUAUCCAUUGAUUCCGGAGUUUGAAAAUAAUUUUGAUCUUUUUCUACCGAAAGAACUUAAUAUGACAGAUCAAAAAAUGCGAGAAGAAACUGGAAAUAUGAUUAAAAAAUUUUAUUUCAAUGAUAAAACAAUUGAUCCAUCAGCUGAAAUGGAAUUUACUGAUUUAAUGAGUGAUGUGCUCUUCAGUAUUCCAGUUGGAAUGUCAGCUAAAAUUAUAAAUUCAAUAAACACAUCACCAGUUUAUCAGUAUGAUUUUAAUUUUAAAGCACCAUUUGGAUUGUCAAAAUCAUUAUUUAAUUUUGAAACAGGUGUUGUACAUGGUGAUGACCUGACAUAUGAAUUUUAUUCUCAUCAUUUUAAAAAUUUACCUCAACCAGGUAGUCGAGAAGAAAAAAUGACAAAUGAAUUUGUAGAAUUAUGGACAAAUUUUGCAAAAACAGGAGAUCCAAGCUCAUCAGUGGAAGUGACCAAAGUUAAAUGGGAGCCAAUGGGAGACGAGGGAAAUUAUCUGGAAAUAAGCGAUGAACUUGAAUUAAAAAAAUCUAUAAUACCAAAAAGACUAGAUUUAUGGUCAAAAAUAUUUAUGAAUGUACUUGGUGAUUAUUAUGAAUUAUUUAAUUGA